AUGCGUACCAUCCUCCAAUACGUAUCAUGUGUCAACGGCAUGCAAAACUAAAAAAUUGCUCAGGUACCCCCAUUAACGGCAGAAAUUUGAGACAAGGAUAAAAUUCUAGGGUUUUCUCUGUAAUCGUCGCCACACGUAUCCAAUUACUCCGCUAUUCGAACCAGCCCAAAAUCGAGCAGGAUUACUGCCUUAAUUGGAGAUGGGUUGGAAAGCUGCUCAGAAACUUAUACACCACUGGAGAAUUCUCAGAGGAGAUAAUGUUAUGAUAAUAAGGGGCAAAGAUAGAGGUGAGACUGGUGUUAUUAAGCGUGUUAUCCGCUCUCAAAAUCGUGUGAUUGUUGAGGGUAAAAAUCUGGUAAAGAAACACAUCAAGCAAGGCCAAGGUCAUGAAGGUGGGAUUUUUUCAGUCGAAGCCCCCCUUCAUGUCUCAAAUGUUCAGGUUGUUGACCCAGUCACAGGGAAACCUUGUAAGGUUGGAAUGAAAUAUCUAGAAGAUGGUACCAAAGUAAGAGUAUCCCGAGGGAUAGGAGCAUCCGAGUCUAUAAUUCCUCGCCCUGAGAUCCUAAAGAUAAGGACUACCCCUAGGCCUACAGUUGCCGGCCCCAAGGACACUCCGAUGGAUCUGGUGUUGGAAAAGACAUACGAUGCUAAAGCUGGGAAGGGCUUGCCAGAUCUGUAGAUGGUGUUAUUUUUUGUUUGUAGUUCGUCUGAAAAUGAGAGUUUCUCAUGUGGUUUUCCCCGAAAUAAUGUACUUUCGGGCUGCCUGUGUGGUGGAAAUCCUGAAUCUUAGUCACCGUACUUUGUUGGGAUUAAUAUCAUGAUCUAGUCAUUGAUACCUGUGGGUGCCUCUGGGUUGAACAAACAUGAGGGGCACCUUCCUUCCUUCACAUUUCUUCUCUUGUAUUGAUAACUAAACUCACGCUUUUUGUA